GGCGUGUGAUCUCAACAGCGACACUCUGUGGUCAACUGUGAGACUGACAGUACAAAAACAAAGCGGACGGGACGACAACUUUUGCCAUGUCGACAAACUCAGAAUUUUUCACAGGGAUUUCGAAGAUUCCUUAUGUACCAGAUGCGAGUGCUCAGGAGGUGCUGUGUUUCAAGCACUACAGCGCCUCAGAGAUUUUGCUGGGCAGAAAGAUGGAGGAUUGGCUCCGAUUCUCCGUGUGUUACUGGCACUCCUUCUGUGGGACUGGAGCCGACCCAUUUGGCUCCCCCACCCUCUGUAGGCCAUGGAAUGAAGGAGACAGUGACAUGGAGAUAGCAAAGAAAAGACUCAGCGCAGCCUUUGAGUUCUUCACGAAGCUUGGGGUGAAGUACUACACUUUUCAUGACAGGGACAUGGCCCCUGAGGGCCACACUUUGGAGGAAUCCAAUAGAAACCUGGAUGAAAUCACAGACGUGGCUCUGGAGCUCCAGAAGCAGACAGGGGUUAAAGUGCUAUGGAUCACCUGCAACCUGUUCGCCCAUCCCAGGUAUAUGAAUGGAGCGUCCACUAACCCAGACAGUCAUGUUUUGGCCUAUGCUGGAGCACAAGUGAAAAAAGGUCUAGAAAUAGCCAAGAAGCUGGGGGCUGAAAACUUUGUGUUCUGGGGUGGCCGGGAGGGCUUCCUGUCCAUACUCAACACAGACGUAGCAGCUGAACUGAAGCACAUGGCCAACUUUUUCAAAAUGGCAGUGGCUUAUAAAGAGAAGAUCGGCUUGAAAUGCCAGUUUCUCAUUGAGCCCAAGCCGAAGGAGCCAUGCAAGCACCAGUAUGACUACGAUGCAAUGAGUGUUAUCGGCUUUUUGAAGCACUUCGGAUUGGACAGAGACUUCAAACUUAACAUCGAGCCCAACCACACCACCCUGGCAGGACAUUCUUAUGAGCAUGACAUCAUCAUGGCCUCUGCGUUUGGAAUGCUGGGCUCUGUGGACUCAAACACUGGAUCUCCAGAUUUGGGCUGGGACACCGAUCAGUUUCCCAUGGACAUCCGAAACACAACCCUGGUGAUGAAGGCUGUUGUCGAGCAGGGAGGCCUACAGCCUGGAGGUUUAAAUUUCGACGCCAAGGUUCGGAGAGAAUCAACUGACCUGGAGGAUUUAUUCAUUGCUCACAUUGCUGCCAUGGACGCUUUCGCUUGGGGCCUCAGAAACGCCGUCAGGAUCAUUGAGGAGGGAGUCAUGCAGAAAAUGCUACAGGAACGUUACAUAAGCUUCAGCCAUGGGAUCGGUCAGAAAGUGGAGGAGGGCAGUGCGUCACUGGAAGACCUAGAGGAGUUCAUCAGGCAAAACGGAGAGCCUAAAGUCACUUCAGGGAAGCAAGAAAAAUAUGAAGCAGUCCUUAAUCAUUAUUUGUGACUUCAGUGACCGGUUAUAUGGAGGAAAGCUGUUAAACUGGGAUCAGUGUGUGAAAUACUGACAGCAUUUAGUCAUUGAUUGUGUCAGAGAUUAUAGCUCAUGCUCUGGGUUAAUACUGGGACUGAUUUGUCAUAAUCAGAAAAUACAGUAGUCUAUAAACAUAGAAUGUAGGCUAUAUUUUUUGGUUUCAUUAACAGAUUUAUUGCUAGAAAUCAGUAGAUAAUUAAGGAAGUCAUAAGUCACAUACAUAUGCACUUUUUUAUCAUUACAGAAUGUACUUUAUCAAUAAUAUGAACACCAGUUUAUCCAUACAUACACUGGAGAGAUGGAAGGAGCUCGAAAAAUGAUCAGUAUUGAUAUGAAAAUAGAUGAAAUAAGAAAUGCACCAAACAUUGCAGUGAAUUACUGUCUAAAUACUAUAAUAAAAGUACAAUAAAAGUUGAAUCUGA